AUGAUUCUAAAGAUCAGAAUCCACAUUGGUUCUCGGCAAAAGUGCUUACGCUUGCCCGAAAAUUUUGCCCACAAAGUCUUGACAGAACUCUCUGGCCUCUCCGCUCUUAUCCCUCGCUUUUCUCCAGGUGGUGUGGUUGUAUUUCUACCCUCUUAUGACUAUCAGAAUCAGCUGUGCUCUCGUUGGGAAUCCACCGGUUUGUGGGAUCAACUCUCCCGAUCCAAGCGUGUGUUUCGCGAGCCUCGGAAUUCAGUCGACGUGCCUCACAGAUUCACCAUCAAUCAGGCGGUCACAUCUUCCAACUCCGUUGGUGCACUGUUAAUCUGUGUGAUUGGAGGCAAACUCAGCGAGGGUAUCAAUUUCAAUGACGAACUGGCACGAGCUGUUAUUGUUAUAGGUAUGCCUUACCCAAAUCCGAACAGUCCUUUGCUCCGAGAAAAAAUGGCCUACCUAGACCGCCAGUUCGGAAGUCGACCCCAUUACGAGGCGUUGUGUAUGCGUGCCAUCAAUCAGGCAAUCGGCAGAGCUGUUCGACACUCAAAAGAUUAUGCGGCCAUAUUUCUUGUGGAUCGCCGUUUCACUCGUGCUAAUAUACAACAAAAAUUGCCCGAUUGGGUUCUGCGUGGUUUAAUUUCAGCCACACAGGCAAUGCAAAGACUUGAUGCGUUUUUUGUCGCCACGGCUCGACGGGAAACUCAGAACUGA